AUACCCCCCCCCCCCCCACACUGCGCCAAUGUACGCGCACAUAUAUCGUUGAGCGGCAAAACGUUGCCUUUUCGUAGACGUUGAUGCGUUUUAACAGAACUUGUGGCCGUGUACCACACGCGACGCAAGGCCCAAUGCUUUGUUAUAGAGGCAUCAUUUCUACAGACAUAAUAGACAUGAAGAAAUACGCGUUUAUAUUAUGUUUAUUUGCUGUUGCAUUGAAGAAUCUUCUUCCAACUGUAAUACACUAUUGCUUCACUAUUACCAUUGAUAAGGCGGAAAAUGAGUACGAUUUCAUUGUAGUUGGCGCUGGUACUUCAGGCUGUGUAGUUGCUGCUCGACUUAGUGAAGCCAGCAACACAAGGGUGCUGGUGUUAGAGGCAGGCGGUAAGGACCUACUUGACCCUUUGAUCUCUGUUCCUGCGUUCUAUUCUCGAGCAUUGAGAAGUCACUUGGAUUGGAACUUUGAAACUGUUGAACAAAAGCAUGCGUGUAAAUCUUUACGCGGGAAGAAAAGUCGCUGGCCAAGAGGUAAAGUGUUGGGAGGCACCAGUGCAAUAAACGCCAUGAUCUAUAACAGAGGAAGCCCGUAUGACUAUGAUCUAUGGAGUGAGCUAGGAGCAGAAGGUUGGAACUAUUCGCAAGUUCUUCCAUUUUAUGAAAAGUUAGAAAACCGCGAGCAGGAUAACUCGCGAAAAUCAGAAGACGCUCCUUUGCAUAUUACAACUCUGAAGGGAUUGGAUAAAGUUGGAGCUUUUAUGGAAGCAGGAACUGAACUGGGAUAUCAAAUAAAGAAAGAAUACGAUGAUAAUUUUGAAGGAUUCUAUCGCGUUGAUGCAACCAUUAAUCAGGGAAAAAGGGAAACUGCUUCAACCGCUUAUCUUCGCCCGGCAGUUCGUAAAAGACCAGAUCAGUUGCACGUGGUAGUAAACGCACACGUUGAUAAAAUAAUAUUUGAAAAACAACGAGCGGUCGGUGUGACUUUUCUUAAAGAUGGCAAAGGAAGUUUGGUAAGAGCCAAGAAAGAAGUCAUUAUAUCCGCUGGUGCUGUUUCUACGCCGCACCUGCUCAUGUUAAGUGGAGUUGGAAAUAAAGAUCACUUGGAAAAACUUAACAUUACUUCGGUGGCAGAUUUGCCUGGUGUUGGAUCCAAUCUUCAAGAUCAUUUCUUAACUUUUGGAGGAUUUGUUGAAAUAGAAAAGAAAACUAAAAGCAUGAUAUCACGAAUAAUUGAUUUUGUUUCCAACUUAUCAUACAUUUGGUCUGGAAAGGGGUUUUACGGAAACAAUGGUGUAUGUAACGCUUAUGCGAUGAUCAACGUUGGCAAUGUAACACAACCAAGAGCCGAUAUUGUCCAACUAUUGAUGUUCUCGUUUGAAACUACUGUUAACAAAGCUAAUACACAGAAUUUUCUAGCAACUGUGAUCCACGGUUUCGCUCAGAAGUUCUCAAAGAUAAACCAGAUGACCAAGUUUUGACUUCAUUUGCCAUAAGCCCUUGCAUAAUGACCCCCUUCAGUAAAGGCAGAAUCACAUUACAGUCAACAGAUCCGUUACAGCAACCUAAUAUUGAUCCUAAUUACUUAUCAGACCCGAAAGAUGCAAAAAUGAUGGUACAAGCAUUUCGUACUGCAAAGAAAAUUGCAAACACGACAGUUUUUCGCAAGUUCGGAGCAAAGCAGAAGUUUUUAUACGACGAAUGCAACAGAAAAACUGGGUAAAAUCAUUAUUUUGGUACAAAAACUUCUUAUUGGUGCUAUCUGUUAUUGUUCAAAUUUCAGAGAUGAUUUGUACGAUUGUUUGGUAAGAAUGGAGACUCUGACGUCAUACCACCCAUGUUGUACAGCUAAGAUAGGAAAUGAGAAAGAUAACUUGGCGGUUGUUGACCCCAGAUUAAGGUUUGUCAUUUAAAUGUUACGACUAAUGAUGAAUACAGUAGGUUGGGGAAAGAUGGGGCACCUUUUUAUUAUUCUAUUUUCUCUUUCUUCUCAUUAGGUGCCUCGUGGUUGUAUUAGACAACAACCAAGUCGCAUAACAUUAUAGGUAUACUUGUAUGAAAUCAAUGUAUAUAACUACUGGUUAUAUAUACAUUGAUGAAAUCAAAAACAAUGUAUAUAGGUUUAAAAUAAGAAAGCCAUCAACCAGAGUCCAGAAUGUUUUCACAGGAUGUAUGACCUACAUUUAUAUACAGUUCGUGUCCUGUUAGCAUUCGGUGUUCUGCUAUUAAAAUGUCCAAACUGACACUUGGGCAUGAGAACUGUGUCAGUAGUAUACGUAUAAGUUGUACGUAAAAAAGUAAAACUUCAUGUUUUACCAGGGUCUACAAGGUAAAAGGCCUAAGAAUUGCCGACGCUUCAGUAAUGCCGGCAAUAACAUCAGCAAAUAUACAAGCGCCGUGUUACAUGAUUGGCGAAAAAGCUGCUCACAUGCUUAAAGAAGAUUGGAGACUUUGAAAACUUUUCAAACGUGUUAUUUUCUAAUAAACGCGGCAAAAAUUACGCACAAUGCGAAUUAGUGAAGUAAUAAUAUUCAAAAUUAUACUUGUGCACGAGUUGGUAUAGUUAAUAAAAAUUAAUUUGUCGAUUUACUAAGUAUAAUAAAUACACACAAGUUG